GAAAAUUAUUCUCAAAAUUGUUGAUAGUCUUUCACUUUGUCACUUUGUGAAUUUCAUUCUUAUUCUUUCUUCUUCUCGUUAAUUUCAACUCAAUUCUAAUUACUAAUCAUGUCUGGACGUGGUAAAGGAGGUAAAGGUCUUGGAAAAGGUGGUGCCAAGCGUCAUCGAAAAGUUUUACGUGAUAAUAUCCAAGGAAUCACCAAACCAGCCAUUCGUCGUUUGGCAAGAAGAGGUGGUGUUAAGCGUAUCUCUGGAUUAAUCUACGAGGAGACCCGAGGUGUACUUAAGGUUUUCUUGGAAAAUGUUAUCCGAGAUGCUGUCACAUACACUGAGCACGCCAAGAGAAAGACAGUAACAGCCAUGGAUGUUGUCUAUGCCCUGAAACGUCAAGGAAGAACCUUGUAUGGUUUUGGAGGUUAAGUUCAUCAUCAUCAUCAUUCUCUUUCUUCACCACCAUCUCACCUCAUCUCAUCUCAUCAAAUUCAUCCAUUUCAUCAUCAUCAUCAUCUCCUUUCCUUUCUUUCCCUUUCUUUUCUCCCUUCUCUUUUUCUAUAUCUCUAUGAUGUCCCCUUUUCCUAUUCUCUUUAUUCCUUAAUUUCAUUUAUAUACCAACAAAACGGCCCUUUUCAGGGCCAAUUACAUUUUUGACGAAAAGAUUGUUUUCUCGUAAUAUUUGCUUUAAUCCGCUACAACAAAUUCUUAACUGAUCGCGUCUUAUAAAUAAAUAAAAUCAAUAAUAUUAAAUUCAUUCAA